CGCGCGGGGCUCUCUUCCCCCUCUCUGAUUGGUGCGCUACUCUGGUGUCGUCACUUCCUCUGGAGCGUGAGGAGGAUGUGUGGUAGGGGGCGUGAGGGAACUUGAAAGUCUGUGGUGCUGAUCUUGCAUUCUGCUGUAGCAAAUGAGUCACUAAGGCAUUAGCCAGUCCUGUAGAUGAGGAAAUACAUGUGCCAGUUUGUUUUGCCUUCUGCUUUGAAACCCAAGAGCAUAUCUUGGUGAAAUGUUUUGCUAACCCUGGGAGCACAUGAAUGCAAGACAUCUCCUGACUGCUUCUGUAAUUUCUGUCCAGAACUCCAACUUUGUGUAUCCUUCAUGUCAAAACUGCUUUUCCAGGCUACUCCUAGAUUUGAAGCGGUACAGUUGCCUGAAAUGUGGCUGCUCAGGUGACCCUAGGGAAGCGAACUACAGGUAUCGACUCUCACUAGAGGUAGCUGACAGUCGUGAUAUAUUUGAGGUGACAGUAUUUGGAAGCUGUUUGGAUACUUUCUUUGGAGUGACAGCAAAGGGACUGCAGAGGUACAUUGAAGAACUGAAACAAGAAGCAAGAGAACCAGACAGGGAUGCAGUUCCGGGUGUGGUAUUUCAAGCAGUUGAAACGUGCUUCCUUGGGAAGAAAUUUGUCUUUGGAGUUAAGGAUUCUGAUAAGCAGGAUGGCACUGGCUCCAUGCAAAAUAGCUGCCGAAUUGACAAGAACUCCAGCGCUCUCACUGCCUGUCAGAUGUUUGUACCAAACUCUGGUCUUGUGGGCUGCACUGUUAUCCAAUACCUCCAGGAGCUGCAAUGUUCUUACCCCAAGUGUAGCCAUGGGGGCUUCUGGUCUCCUGACCACUUUGCGGCAGUUGAUCAACCAAGCAGAGAGUUCAGUGGCCUGUAUGGCUCUGGAACCUUGGGUGCAGUUCCAUCAUGUUGCAUAGAUGUUCUUUCAAGUCUCUGGCCUCAAUCGUUUGGACUAAAUUCCUCCAGUGUUUCUUCAGGAACAACCGCUGAUCUUGUAGCUCUAAGUACAAGCAAGGCUGCCCAGGAUGAGCCAAACUCGGAUGAUAGUCCAAUUUCCUUGCAUAGCCUGUCAGUCUUCAAGCCCCAGGACCGUAACCUGACUGUGAAUACGAAAAAAGAACAGAAAGAUAAGAAAUGUCAUUUGCACCAUCGCACUGAAAAGAGUGAAGCAGGCUAUUCCUCAUUAAGAAGAAAAGUCUGCAGAUCAUUGCUGAGCCCAUUAAUUUUAGAGGACAGAGACUCUCCUCUGAGAAAAAUUAGCACCCAGUGCAGCGAUGGGCUUGAAAAAUCAUGGACCUCAUUGCCACCCCAGACAUACGAUGGAUCUCUUCCCCCCCUUGCUCCAUCUUCCAGUCACAUUAGAGCAAGUGGAAACUCUCAAGAAGACCCAUGGCUUUGGGAUGAGCUGCCAUCAUCUGAAAGUUUCAAUGAAUUCAUUGCCAAAAUUGAAAAUGACAAAGCCACGGUGUUGCCAACAGAAGCUGGUGUUCUGGAGCAUUUCCCCAGUCAGGGGGCUGAUGAAUUUCAUGGACCUUUUAAGCAGUCGUCUCCUAAGCCAGGCAUUUGCAGUGCCAAUUUCAUUACUGAAGAGUCAGGUGAGAAACUGAAGAAGCUAGCUGGGAAGAUGGAAAUGUGCAAAGAAGAUAAUUUCCCUUGCCACCAGCUGAAUCUUCCAUGCUUCAGUAGCAACAGAUAUCACCAAGAAGCCUCUUACACCUCUUUACCCACUGAAGAAAAGGAAAAUUGGGGGUGUUGGGCCACCCAGCACCCAGAUCUUUCACCUUGGUCCACCCUAACUGGAAUUAAAUGUUCUCAUUCAAAGGGAAGCUGUCUGUCAUCAAAGGAAGGAGUUGGCCAAGAUGUCAGUAGUUGUAAGAGUCUCAAUUCCUGCUCAUCUACCAACAACAGUCUCAAAAGCCCUUGUUUACAAACCAGGAAGACUACCCACUUAAACUGUAAAGGUGAUGGUAAUUUAGGCAAAUGGGAAAAUAAAGGAAGUGUUAACGAUCAGCUAAACCAAAUGGCUGAUCUCAUAAACACCCAGGAACAGGGUUUCACCCAGGCAACUUGUGAAAAAACAGACAAAGUUUGUGAAAAAGAGAGAGAGUUGUUCUCAGAAGUGCAAAAUUAUAAUUUUAGUGAGGCUGAGGUCAGCGGUUCCGAUUGUCCUGAGGGUAGUUACAAUGCUUCAGCUGAUCUCUUUGAUGCUAGUACCAGACAGGCAGAAGCCACUGUACGAAUGUUCAACUUGGCACAAGCUUUCUCUCCACAGGAGGGCACACUGAACAAGGAGUGUAUAAGAUCUGAAGCCACGCUGAGCGAGCAAGAUGCUAGCUGGAAUACUUCUUGGCAUGGGCUGUCCUUACAUAAAAUGUUCACUACGCCUCAUCAGAAAACAAGCACCCCAGUUGCUGGUUCCAUAUCUGAGUUUGAGCACAGCCUUGCAAGUACUCCAGGCUUUGUGCCUGAUUCCCAGUCAACUCCUCUUUCCAGACCUUGUCGACAAGUAAGCCUCCCUAGAGGGAGGGAAUCCAUUCUUACCAAAUUGCCACAGAAUAAAUUGUCUUGGAUCAAUGCCAGAUGCAAAAGACCCAGGCCUUCCUUGAAUUUUUUUUUAGCGAAACAGCUUUUCAGCAAGUUCCCGCAAUCUAGAAGGUCGAGCGAUGCAAAUUCUGUUAGCAUCAGUGCAUCUGGUCCUCAGCAGCUAUCUAUCAAAGGAAGUCCAGCCCAGAGGCUGUCUGAAAACGAUGAUGAGGAAUGGAUUCCUCCGUCGGAUAAAAAAUGGAUACGUCCAAUUGCUUUCCAGAAUGGAAAAACUUUGAGGAGCGAUGCCAAUUGUCAAGUUGCAGAAAAGUCUCCUCUUUCUGAAAACAAAGUAAGGUUUGUGAUUCCAAAGUCUAAUGUUAGCUUAAGGAAGGUGGAAUUCAUUCAUAAAAGGCAACAGCUGACAGAGACUAGAUUUGAGGAUGGACCUGUUCCUGAAGAUGGUGUUCAUCUCAGACAGCUCAUGAGUGAAUCCCCUGGCAGCAUGCAUAACACUGCAGAUUGGUCUUCUGAACUGUUCAUGUAAUAAAACAGCCAGCUCUCCUGCUUGGAGGCCACUUUGUCAAAUUCAUCUGCUU